AUGUUGGUUAAUAGGCUGAAGAUGUGUUUGCCUAGGAUGAUUUCUGGGGAGCAGGUAGCCUUCAUCCCACGUAGAUCAAUAUCUGAGAAUUGUUUGUUGGCGGAAGAGAUUUUUAAUAAAUUCAAAGUGUCUAAGAAUAAGCAAGGUUUGAUGGCUAUGAAGCUUGACAUGGAGCAGGCCUAUGACAGCAUCGGUUGGCCAACACUGAACCAGAUUCUCUAUUGGUAUGGUUUCCCUUCUGCAUUUUCUAGGCUUCUUAUGGAAUGCAUGGUUAAUGCCAGAUUUUCAAUUAGUAUGAAUGGAAAGUAUACUAAGUGGAUUGAUGCUCACUGUGGAUUCAG